GAGUGGCAGGCGCGACCGCCAAUAGCAUCGCGGGAAGGGCUCAGAGGGGCCGGCGGCGCUCGGGCCGCCAUGUUAGGCUCGUCGGUCGGGCUGACAGGGCGGCUGCAGGCUGCCGGGGAGCAGAGCGUGGAGCCCGGCAUGGAGCCGCAGGUCAACCUCCGCGUCACCUACCGCGGCGACACGCAGAGCUUCCUGGUGUCGGACUCGGCGCACACGACUUGGGCGGACGUGGAGGCCAUGGUUAAAGUUUCAUUCGACCUGGACAACAUUCAGAUCAAAUAUAUAGAUGAGGAUAAUGAUGAGGUCUCUGUGAAUAGCAAAGAGGAAUAUGAAGAAGCUCUGAAGAUUGCAGUUAAACAAGGAAAUCAGCUUCAGAUGAAUGUGUACGAAAAGAACUCUUCUCUGAAAGAAGCUUCGUCUCCUUGCUCUUUGCAACUACCUGAGAAAACUGGGACAGAGAAGUUGCCACUUGUUAAAGACGAGAAGAAACCUCUUUUUCACUAUUCCAUGCUGGCUCGGGAGUUAGAGAAAGGCUUAAAAAAUGAAACAGAGCUGACAAUUCAGGAAAAGUUAAAUCACACCGUAACAGGAAGAACAAAUGAAAAUCCUCCAGAAUGGUUUACUAGCUACUUGGAAACCUUCAGAGAACAAGUAGUUAAGGAAACUGUUGAGAAACUGGAACAGAAGCUAUAUGAGAAGCUUGUUCAUCACAAUCAGCCUCAAGAUUUUUCCGAGAGCUCUGUUACAGCAGCACCUCCAGCAUCUGAGAACCAAGUAGGGAAUGGCAACCAGUGUGACUGGCUGAUCUCCUGCUGCAACUGCCAGGCCCGAAUUGUUGGAGUUCGCUACCAGUGCAGUGUUUGUCCAGCCUACAAUAUCUGUGAACAGUGUGAAGCAGGAACAUAUGCCCAUGAUCCUAAUCAUGUCUUGUUAAAGCUGCGAAGACCUGUACUAUGUGUUGCUGAAAAUUACAGCCUUGCAGAGUUUUCAUCUCGCCUGCCUGCUACUCUGGAGCAAGUUAGGCUCCAGAAACAGAUGGACAAAAGAUUUCUGAAGGCAGAAAAGCAAAGAUUACGAGCAGAGAAGAAGCAGCGAAAGGCAGAGGUCCGGGAGCUCAAAAAACAGCUAAAAUUGCACAGGAAAAUUAAUCUGUGGAACUCUGUCCAUGUGUUGGAAAAUAGUGGCUCACCUGCUCUGAAAUCGGAGAGUCUCCAACCUAAUACCUUCCUGAGUCCCAGUCAACCCUUCCAAGCAAUUGUCCCAACGCUAAGUGCAGUAUUUGUGGAUGAGAAUUUGCCAGAUGGGACUCGUGUGCAACCAGGAACAAAGUUUAUCAAACACUGGCGAAUGAAGAAUACUGGCAAUGUGGAAUGGAGCUCAGACACAAAGCUGAAACUUAUGUGGGGAAAUCUGACUUUGGCAUCUUCUGAAAAAAAAGAUGUGUUAGUGCCGUCGCUUCCAUCGGGACAAGUAGGAACCGUUUCUGUCGAGUUUGUAGCUCCAAAUAUAGAAGGAACUUACACCUCUCACUGGAGGCUGUCACACAGAGGGGAACAGUUUGGGCCCAGGAUCUGGUGCAGUAUUGUUGUGGAUCCCUCUCCAGCUACUGACUAUUUAGAAGGCAACUGGAAGGAUUCUGACUCCUGUCAGAAGGAUAAAGCUUCCAGCACCAAACAGGCUGCCUCUUUAAAGACAGAAGCAGGUGCUCAACUGAUGGGUGAAAUCGCAGAGCAGACUGAAAUACCUCUGCCAACUAUUCCUUUAAAGAUGAAAAAUCUGCCAAGUGAGAGAGAAUUUUAUAUUCCGUCUGUUGAUCUCCUCACUGCACAGGAUUUACUGUCGUUUGAGCUGUUGGACAUAAAUAUUGUGCAGGAAUUGGAGCGAGUGCCACACAAUACUCCUGUUGACAUGACUCCAUGCAUGUCCCCUUUGCCACAUGAUAGCCCCUUGCUGGAGAAACCUGGCUUAGGUCAGAUAGAGGAGGAGAACGAGGGGAGUGGAUUUAAACCAGUACCUGGCAUGGUGGAAGCCUGCUUUCCUGCAGAUACUCGUGUAGUGAAGGUGAAAGCUGAACAUCCCUUGAACCAGGAGGAAGGGGAAGAAGACAUGAGUGGGACUCAGUUUGUCUGUGAAACUGUAAUUCGUUCUCUGACUCUGGAUGCAGCACCUGACCAUAAGCCCCCACAGAAAAAGAAAAUCCUCCAGAAUUCUUUACAGACAUUGCAAGACACCUUGAAUUGCAAUAUGACAACUGAAGAAGCUCCUAAGAUAAAAACUAAUCCUGCUCCCAAAAAAGAAGUAAAGAUUCAUCAAUUGAGUGCAGUGACAGAAAAUGGCUAUGGGGACCUUCUGCAGUCUGAUGAGCAAGUAGGCCCCUGUAGUGAUACUGGUAAUUCUGACCAAGAGGAAGAUGAUGAUAAAGAUGAUGUUCAAAGUCAAAGCUCAUCUGCUUCAUCAGAGGAUUAUAUCAUUAUUCUCCCUGAGUGCUUUGACACCAGCCGUCCCUUAGGGGAGUCUAUGUACAGUUCAGCUCUUUCUCAGCCCAGUUUGGAAAAGACAGGAGAACCUGAAACAGGAGCAGGCAAUCCAGAAGGGGGAAGCCAGCCCCAGAUCUGCAGCAUCAGUGACAUUUUGACAGCUUCCCAAACACUGGCUGUAGAGCCGCUGACGCCAGAGGUUGUGGACACCACUCCCCAGGCACAAAGGAGUCUUGCAUCUCUUCAGAAUCCCGUCUUCCAAGAACCAAACGUAUUGGCUUCAGAGAAUACCUCUUCCACGCCUCUUAAUCAAAUAAGAGAAGAACCCAGUGGUGAAGACAGUCGUGGACCUGGGUCUUCUGGAAUUCCAACGGGUAAACAGAAGUGCUCAGAAUACCCAAGAUAUCCUCAAGGAAGCAGCAUUGCAGGAGAACUAGUUAAAGGAGCUUUGUCAGUUGCUGCUUCUGCCUACAAAGCGUUAUUUGCUGGACUGCCCAUUAUAGAACAGCAGCCUGCAGCUACAGAAGAGCACACUGCCACUCUUCUAUCCAGCCUGAAUGAGAUGGGCUUCUGUGACAGGCAGUUAAACCUGCGACUGCUGAGGAAACACAACAAUAAUAUGGUUCAAGUGGUAACCGAAUUGCUUCAGAUCAGUAACAGUGACUGGUACAGCAGUAGAUACUGAGCCUUCCUGGUGAAGAGAGAAGUCGUCUUCACUGAGUAAACUCAUUAAACAGUGCAACAGCAGCAGAGUGAUCCUCAGCUGCUUUCUUAUUGGGGAUGUGACUAAAACUUUCGCUUUUCUUCGAGCUUUAAACUUUAUUUUUUCCUCUCAUGGAAGUGUCAAACAGUGCUUGUCACGGCAUCUUAUGAGUUUGGAGACCAGAAUUUCAACUGUUGUUUGUACCUUGUAGUUAAACAAGUAGUCUUUAAGCCUCUAAUUUCAUAUUGAAUCCUUUUAUCAGGGAAUCCUGUAGAAUUACUUAAAGUUCCACACAGAUGACAACUUCUCCCUUUGUUGUGUGUAAGAUUUCUAUUAUUUUAUUUUAGGCAGCUGGAAAGUUGUUGUUUUAACUUCUAACAAGCUUUGGAAUAGAAACCAAUAUAAGAUGCUGCUGUAAAAUGUAGUUUUGCCUAACUUACAAGAGAUGCCCAAAACUAGAAAGUUGUUUCUUAUGAUAUGAUUUAGUAAUUGAUUUGUCAAGUGCAUGACAGUAAUGUAACUGGCUUUAACCUUAUAAAUCAUUCUUAGCAGAACAAAGGUUGCUCAUACACACAAAAAAGCCAUCUUGGAUCAUCAAACAACUUUUGAAAUAGAUGAGAGUGGAAUUGCUAUUAAACUGAUGAACACCAGGAAAGUCAUUGUUCUUUGUAGCAGAGUGAAGCAGGAGAGUGAAAUUCACCGGCAGCAAUUGAACAACCCUACUGUUCUAUGAUUCUAUUAUAUGAUUCUAUUAAUGUUAGUGCAAAACGUAUCUGUAACAGGAAAACGUAGCCUACAUGAAAUAUUUUGUUAAACGUUAAGAGUAGGAGAAGCCUUUCUAAGAUUCUUUUCAGGCUUUUGAUAGAAACGUUAAAAAGUUUUGACUGCUCUCUUCUUUUUUUUUCAGUGUAGUGCAAACCUCUUACUCCAUUAACACCAAACAUAGAGUUGAAGAAUGCCUAGGAACCCAGACCUGAACUGGAGUCCAAGUUCUGGUAGUGGUUAGGGACGGGAAGAGUGCUUGAGGGUAGGGAUCGUGUGACUCAUGUUACAGUUUGAAAAAUGCGUUAAGUUAAGCAGUUUUAAGUGUUCAGUCUCCUCUGGUGGUUCUGGCUGCUCCUUGUUACCACAGGCACAUGUGUAGGAUUCAUGGUGUUUUUUUUUUUUUUUCCUCUCACAAGAUUUUGCUUUAGUUGCCCUUAUUUAAUUUGGAAAUCCAAGAAUUCCAUUCUGAAUUUGGUGAGAGAGAUUUGAUUCUGAAGAAUCACAAGAAAUGAGCAAAAUACACUGCUGUGCAGUGGUGUAUCCACAGAUAACCUGUGCAGAGCCCAGACCCUCUGAAGGUGACAGCAAUGUUGGCUACGUUCUUACUUCCAUGCAAACUUUUAUUCCUUGCUACAGUAAGAGACCAUUGAUCCUAAAAUAUUUUAUGUUACUGCUGCUUUGAGCUCGGGUGUUCCUGUGUUGCCACAGCGUAGCUGAAGCAGUAGCAGUAUUGUGACUGAGCAGGUGAUCAGUAGUAGUGACUUUUUUAAAAGGUGUAAUACCCUUAGAGAUAAGAGACCAUUAAAAUAAUUGAAGAAGAAGAUGUAUCAUACCAUUUUCGUUUUACACCUAUUUUUAUAGAUUGUGGAAGAUAUACUCUUAAAUGUUUAUUUUGAAAUACAGUAGACCUAUUUUGCAGUGUUUCCCAUCUUUACACCAGUACAACUGUCUGCUGUGGACCAGAUAAAGAUCUUUUUGUAGCUUGAAACCACAGGGUUGUUCCCACCCCCCCCAUUACAUCUGGGCUGUUUGAAUUCCUUUUGGCCUUUGCCUGCUCUGGAAGAGGAGGAAGAAGGAAUGUGAAUGAGUUGUAGUAGCUGGUGAGACUUCGAAGGAUGGUUAUCUGCCUGGAUCUGGAAUGCCCAGUGGGAUAUGUGUUGUUUCUGUGUGUACCUUCCUACAAAACACUACCCUUUGGAGGAGGAACACCUCACUUUGGACUGAAAUGCAGAGUGUGAAUCGCUGUUUUCCCUUGGUUACUUUAGGGUUUAGAUGAUGUACGCUCAGGCUUAAUAUAGACCCAUUUCUGUUGGCUUUGUAUAUUUUGUUAAUGGAUGCAUGGUAUAAUUUAUAAUAUAUCCUGUAGCGCAGA